AUGGAGAAAUCAUUGGCUGCAACGGAUGCAAAGGUUUGCCAUCACAUAUAUGAUGAUAUUGCUUUGGUUAUUUUGUCUAAACUUUCUCUCAAAUCUUUGAAACGGUUUUCUUUUGCAUGCAAAUCAUGGUCUCUUUUAUUUCAAAAUCCUUAUUUCAUGACUAUGUUUCGAACAAAUUUAUCAUCUAAGGAUCAUUCUUAUUACAACGAUACAUCUAUUCUCCUACAACAUAGCUGUGAAAGUUACAUAUAUCAUGGACCUAAACUGUAUUCUCUAUUUGGUGAGAAUUUUGAGAAUAUGAAUAAAUUAGAUUGGCCAAAUCCAUAUGAAGACCCCUUUGAUUUUAACAUCCAUGGUUCUGUUAACGGCAUUCUUUGCAUUCAAGACAGGGGAAGACGUGAGGGCAUUCGUUGUAUUGAAGAAUUGGGGAGAUAUGUAUUGUGGAAUCCAGCCACCAGGGAAUUCCAAAUCGCUCCUACUAGUCCUUUUGCAUUUAAAUCUGGUUGGGAUCCCAUGAUUGAUUUUCAUGGAUUUGGCUAUGACCGAAUCAGAGAUGAUUAUAAAGUUAUUCGGCAUGUAUAUUUUUUUCCUAGAAUUGAUUAUGAAUAUGAGAUAUGGAGAGAUGGAAAUGGUUCUCCGUUGUGGGAAAUAUAUUGUUUAAGAAGUAAUUCUUGGAAAAAACUUUAUAUAGAUAUGCCUAGACACUAUUAUCGUAUGGGUGAUCUAAUGUAUAUGGAUGGAGUGUGUCAUUGGUGGGCAAGUGAUACAGAAGAUGUAGUUUAUGAAAUAAAUGAUGAAGUUUAUUUAGUGUCAUUUGACUUAAGCUGCGAGAUAUUUGUUAAAACAUAUAUACCCUCAAACAUGGAUGAUAUCGAUGGUACUGGUACUCGCAUGAUUAGAGGGUUAGUAGUCUUAAAUGGAACAAUUAGUUGUAUUUCAUAUUAUCUAAAGGCAACUACUUUUCACAUAUCAAUUUUGGGUGAAAUUGGGGUGAAGGAGUCGUGGACAAAACUAUUCACAGUUGGUCCAUUAUCAUGCGUUGAACAUCCUAUUGGAAUUGGCAAGAAAGGCGAUAUAUUUUUCAGGAAAAAUGAUGAUAAAUUAGUUUGGUUUAAUUUAAACACUCAACGAAUAGAAGAGCUCGGUAUUAAAGGUGCGUAUGGUUGCGAGAUAAUGGUUUACAAGGAAAGCCUUCUACCAUUUCCAAAAAUAAAUAACUAG